AUGGCUGAUUAUUCAUUUAAUGAUACAAGUUCCAGUCAAAGUUAUGGAGAAGUUAAUCAACUUGGUGGUGUAUUUGUCAAUGGACGACCAUUACCAACACCAAUUCGUUUACGUAUUGUUGAAAUGGCUAAUCUUGGAGUACGUCCAUGUGAUAUAAGUCGUCGAUUAAAAGUAUCACAUGGAUGUGUUAGUAAAAUUCUAGCUCGUUAUCAUGAAACAGGUUCUGUAUUACCAGGCGCUAUUGGUGGAAGUAAACCACGUGUAACAACACCACGUGUUGUUGGUCGUAUACGUGAUUAUAAAGUUAAAGAUCCAGGAAUGUUUGCAUGGGAAAUACGUGAAAAAUUAUUAUUAGAUAAUGUAUGCGAUAAAUUUAAUGUACCUUCGGUAUCAUCGAUUUCACGUAUUUUACGUAAUAAAAUUGGUCCAUUAUCGCAACCAAGUAAUGGAAGUGGCGGAGGAGGAAGUAGUGAACAUAGUAAUUCAAAUUCACCUCCACCAAUUCCAUCAUCAUCAUCAUUUGCAUCAGCUACAGUAUCAUCAGCGACACCACCAUCAUUAAUGAAUAAACAUGAUCUAUCACCUAUUAAUACUCCUUCAGUAGUUUCAUCAUCAGGAUCAAUAUGUAAAAUUGAACCACCAACAUGGUCACCUUAUGAUCAAUCGACAACAUCAUCACAUCAUCAUCGAUAUCUUUAUCCAAGUGUUGCAUAUCAUCCAACAUUUCAACAUCAAUUUGAAUCAGCUAUGAAAUCACCAUAUACAGGAGGAAAUCAUAUGGUAUCAAAUCCAACAAAUAAUGGAGAUAUUUCAAGUGCAUUUACACAUGCUCAUCAUUAUCAUCAUCAACAUCAUCAUCAUCCAAAUACAACUGUUAACAAUACAAAUAAUUAUACAUCAUUUUUCAAUGCUUUUCCUUAUACACCAGCAAGUAAUUUUGCUGUUACAACACCAUAUUAUCCAUCUUCUUAUGGUUUACCAUUGACACCACAAGCUUCAUAA